UUAUUUGAAUUCUGGAGACGGUGUUUGGGGUCCGGAGAUACUGGGACGUGAAUGUUUUUGGUGAAGAGCUUUUAAACACCGCGCGAGAUGACGACCUCGGAUGUGAAAUAAAUCUACUGACUUCUAAACAAGAUUGUUCUGCAAGGAGAACUUACUUCGUUGCCUAUACUUUUGCUGUUAUUUUCCACAAGAAGAUCACCUGGUAAAUACUACCUUGAGAGAUGUUUCUCUAUUCCUAGAAUGUAUGCAGUAAUGUCAUCUCAGAAGAAACGUAAGAAUUCUCAGGCACAAAAGAGGACUUCACUAGGCAGUAAUAGUUACCAGACUAAUCUUUCAGCUUGGAAAGGAAAAGAGAACCUAAGCAACUCAAAGAACCUUUCGAAGCAGGGACAAAACAAUCUAGUGGAAGAUUUUGAUCAAACUGAUGAUCGAGAAGAAGAUGAUUUCCAAAUAACAAUGAAAUAUUUUAAGAAAGGUCCCACUAAACUUCCGCAAAGUAAAGAUAAAACAUUGGGAAAACACUUAAAAACGGUGGAAAAUGUGGCCUGGAAGAAUGGACUGACUCCAGAAGAAAUUGACGUUCUAUUAAAUGUGGCACUCAGUGGCAAAUUUGGGGUAGCUGUAAACACUCGGCUAUUAAGAUGCAUGAUUCCAGCAACUUUAAUAUUAGAAGAUUCUGUGGUUAAGGCGGUCUCCUGGUUUUGUGUUGGGAAGUGUUCUGGUAGUAUCAAGAUACUUUUUUACCGUUGGCUGGUUGCAAUGUUUGACUUUAUUGAUCACAAGGAGCAAAUUAACUUGCUUUAUGGCUUCUUUUUUGCUUCAUUGCAAGAUGAUACACUGUGUCCUUAUGUGUGCCAUUUGCUAUACUUACUUACCAAAAAAGAGAAUGUUAAGCCAUUUCGUGUGAGAAAGCUGCUUGAUCUUCAGGCCAAAAUGGGAAUGCAGCCUCAUCUCCAAGCUUUGUUGUCAUUGUAUAAAUUCUUUGCUCCUACUUUGAUUUCUGUAUCCUUGCCUGCAAGGAAGAAGAUCUAUUUUAAGAAUUCAGAGAAUCUGUGGAAGACAGCUGUACUUGCUGUGAGGCAAAGAAACCAGAGACAUUCCCCAGAACCUCUAAAACUGAUGAUAAGUCUAGCUAAUGUUCGUCCAAUAAAAAGAAAAUGGAAUCCUCACUCGACCAUACCUGAGAUAAACUCCAAAAGCUCCAGUGAAGAAUGUGGGAAGAAAAGAAAGACACUUUCCGAUUACCUCAGUAGCAAUCAAUCAUUUCCACUAGAACAACUGAGAAGUUUCCCUCAACUCUUAGAGAACAUCCAUUGCUUAGAGCUGCCUUCUCAGAUGGGUGCAGUGCUGAACAGUUCUCUGCUACUUCACUAUAUUAACUGUGUCAGAGAUGAGUCACUCUUACUGAGAUUUUAUUACUGGUUGAGUCAAACAUUACAAGAAGAAUGUAUUUGGUACAAGAUGAAUAAUUAUGAAAAUGCAGAAGAAUUCUCUGAUUUCUUGGACACUGUCAUCAGGGCAGAAUGCUUCUUACAAGAGGGAUUUUAUUCCUGUGAAGUUUUCCUCUAUAAGAGCCUUCCUCUCUGGGAUGGCUUCUCUUGUCGAUCACAGUUCCUUCAGCUUGUGAGCUGGAUUCCUUUCAGUAGCUUCUCUGAGGUGAAACCACUUCUUUUUGACCGUCUAGCACAUAUCUUCUUUACAUCAACCACUUAUUUCAAGUGUAGUGUUCUUCAGAGUCUGAAAGAACUCCUUCAGAAUUGGCUGUUGUGGCUUUCUACAGACAUCCACAUGAAGCCUGUGGUGAACAGUCCUCUAGAGACAACUUUAGGUAGAUCCAUGAACUCUGUGUCUGAACUGAUUUACUAUGUAGGGUGGCUGUCCACUACUGCAUUGCGAUUGGAAGGCAACAGUACUUUCUUGCUGCACUUUAUUUUGGAUUUCUAUAAUGAGGUGUGUGGCAUAUGUAUAAAUUAUAACCUUCCACUAGUGGUCUUGUUUCCUCCUGGAAUCUUCUAUCCUGCACUUCUCAGCCUGGAUUCCAGUAUCCUGAACCAGCUCUGUUACAUUAUGCACAGGUAUCGUAGAAAUUUGACUGCUGCAAAGGAGAAUAACUUGGUGCAAAAGACAAAAUCAGAGUUCAACAUCAGCAGCAAGACCUAUCAAGAAUUUAAUUACUAUUUAACAACUGUGGUUGGUUGCCUAUGGACGUCCAGACCCUUUCAGAAAGGAAUAUCUAUUGAUCCUGAAAUCUUAAAGAGAACUGGAGUAACAGAGUAUAAAAACAGUUUGAAUUUAGUGCAUCAUCCUGCACUAUUGGGCUAUGCUGUCUUCUUCCUACUACAGGAAUGGCCAGAAGAAAGGACAGUAAAUGUGAGCUCUAUUCGGGGAAAGAAAUGGAACUUGUACUUGGACUAUUUAUUUUCAGAGGGUUUUCAAGGCUUAAAGUAUUUUAUAAGAAGUAGUAUAAAUCGUUCUUCUAUCCCCUGAUCAGAGAGCCUGGACAACAUUAAGUGAAUGUCAACAUGAAUCAUCAGGAUAACUUAGAGAUCAUAUAGAGCAACCAGAAAAGAGAAGAUGGCAAAGAAUGGUGUGGAAUGUUGCCUAUGAACUAGAAAAAAUGCUCGGAGUUAUUUUGAAUCAAAUAUUAAAACUUCCUGAAUAGAAGCCUUUCUCACAAAGAGAGUUCUCUUUUACUUUAAGGUUUAUAUUCCAAAUAACUUUAAAGUUUUUAGAAUAUAAUAUUUUGGACUGUAAGAAUGUGGAGAACUUUCAGUUGUGGCAAAGGGUUUGACUAAUUUUCAUGAAUUUUUAUUUCUCCUAGUCUUCAAAUCAUUAAAGAAGCUUUUCUAAACUUGUUUUUAUUUUAGGAAAAAUAUCUGUAGCAUGUACUUAUUUUUCAGUAAUAAUUCUCUGGUUACCUUUUUGCCUACUUUUUCCUUCUUUUAAUAAUUUUUAACCGAUUUACAAUGAACUAUAUGGUGACCCAAAUUGUAUAUUUUUAAAUAAAUAUACAAUUAAAUAUAUAAGAUGGCAUAGUGACCAGAGUAAAAAACUUGCAUGCAUGAGGUCCCCAGUUUUCUCUCUGUCUCUCUCUCUUUCUCAUUCUUUCUUGCUCUCCCCCCUCCCUCCCUCUCAUUAUAAAUAAAUCUUUUAAAAAAAAACUAUAUGUAUAUAUAAAAUCUAGUUUGAAAACUCGUGAAGACCUGCAUAGCAAAGAAAAGCAAGAUGUAAAUAAUAUCUGUUUUGAUUUAGUGAAAAUCUGUCUAGUAAAUAAAACAGAUUUUAUUGCUACCCUUAUUGUCCAAAGAGGAUACUUUCUUGGUUGGCACUUGUUAAAAUUUUUAUUUUUGACUAGAGCACUGCUCAGUUCUGGCUAUCUGUGGUGUUGGGGAUUGAACCUGGGACUUAAAGUAUAAAUAUUUUGAUGUUGUAAAUAUUGACUAUGUUCAGUACUAAGGCUGCUGUUAGAUUUCUAAUAUUAUAUUUUCCAUUUUAUAAUGACUUCUGUUUUACUCUUGGAGAAGUGAAAGAACAACAGUACAUUUUAUUGUGUCUCACACAGCUUGUACUAACAUAGUAGAAGUUCUCUCAUUACAUCAAUAACUUUUAUAUCAACAACGAAUUUACUGGGAAGAAAAACCAGUCUGGAAUUGGUGUUAUACUUUUUGUAUCUUUUUAAUUGAUAGAACUUUUUAUUUCACUUAAUACGGAGUUUAUGUUUUUCAAGUAAAAUAUUCUGUUUCUAAUAAAGAUGGAUGCUACGGACUAAAA